UUGGCUGUGGGAGAGGAGAGCGUCACGGACACAGAGGGGGAGCUCUGAGGAUGCUCCACUGAGCUGGGAGUGAACACAUUCACUGGGAGUGUGCAUGGAGAACUGAGCUUUCACCAGCUGCUCACUAGGAACUGGUACCCUCUGCCAAAUCAUCUGACCCACGGGUGAUAUAUAUUGUCGUUCCGAUUCAGAGCUCGUUGAAUCGUGCACUCAGCUGCAGCCAUGAACUACCUGCGCAGGCGUCUCUCGGACAGCACCUUCAUCUCCAACCUACCGAAUGGAUACAUGACAGACCUCCAGAGGCCUGACCCCUCUCCGCCUCCUCCAGCCGCCCCAGCCAAGUCUCCUACUGCUGGGCCUACUCCCCCCGCUACCUCCCCAAAUCCAGAGAGGAAAGCACAGCCAGCUCAAUCCAGUGGGGCAGGGUUCUUCAGCUCCAUCACCAAUGUAGUCAAGCAGACAGCUGCUUCAGCAGGACUAGUGGAACAGACUACAGUCACGACUCCCAAGAAGUUCAAGAUCCUUCUGGUCAUCGAUGAACCGCAGCAGGAAUGGGCAAAGCUUUUCAGAGGGAAGAAAGUGCAAGGGGAUUAUGACAUCAAAGUGGAACAGGCUGAAUUCAAUGAGAUCAAUAUCGUGGCUCACGCCAAUGGGACCUGCAACGUGGACAUGCAGGUGCUGAGGAAUGGAACUAAGGUGGUCAGGUCGUUCAAGCCUGACUUUGUCCUCAUCCGUCAGCAUGCCUUCAGCAUGACCCAGAACGAGGACUUCCGUAACUUGAUCAUUGGCCUGCAGUAUGGUGGCAUCCCCAGCAUCAACUCCCUGGAGUCCAUCUACAACUUAUGUGACAAACCCUGGGCGUUUGCUCAGUUAAUAAGCACCUACAAGAAGCUGGGAGCAGAGAAGUUUCCUCUGAUUGAGCAGACCUUUUAUCCCAACUACAAAGAGAUGGUAACCAUGCCAACAUUCCCAGUUGUGGUGAAAAUUGGACAUGCUCACUCCGGUAUUGGAAAGGUGAAAGUGGACAACCACAGUAAGUUCCAGGACAUUGCCAGUGUGGUGGCUCUCACCCAGACGUACACCACCACGGAGCCCCUGAUUGACUCCAAGUACGACAUCCGCAUCCAGAAGAUUGACAACGACUACAAAGUAUACAUGAGGACGUCUAUCUCUGGUAACUGGAAGACCAACACUGGCUCAGCCAUGCUAGAGCAGGUGGCCAUGACUGACAGGUACAAGCUGUGGGUGGACACCUGCUCUGAGAUCUUCGGGGGGCUUGAUAUCUGUGCAGUGAAGGCCAUCCAUGGGAAAGAUGGGAAAGACUACAUCACUGAGGUGGUGGGCUCAUCCAUGCCCCUGGUAGGAGAGCACCAGGCAGAGGACAGGCAGCUCAUUGCUGACAUGGUCCUGGUGAAGAUGAACCAGCUGGCAGAGAAGCCCCCUGCAAACCCUCCCCAAAGACCCACCACCAUACAGCCAUCUCAGAACGGCGGAGCUAAAGACCUGGUAGCUGAGCUGACCACUAAGCCAGGCGCAGGGCGCCCUCCUCAAGGAUGGCACAAUUCCAAACCCCAGGUCCAAACAGAGGCUGCUCCUCAGGCCCAAGGUGAGCCAUCAGCCCAGCCGCAAAGUGAGACACCUUUUCAAAACCCAGUGAAGGCCUGGAGCCAUGAAGGCCAGCCACCUGUGGAACAAGAAUCAACGGAGGAGAAGACACGGGCACAUCCACAGCUGAAUAAAUCCCAGUCCUUGUCCAGUGCCUUUGGCCUUAAGGAAACCUCCUUUUUUCGCACAGCCAGCGAAGACGUGGCCAAGGCUGAGACCAUCCGCAACUUGAGGAAGUCCUUUGCAAGCCUGUUCUCUGACUAGAGACGGGCUGAUCAAGCAAC